CCUAUUCCGUCUGCUGGAAAUCAGCUGAUAUUCCGACUGACUACGUUUUUCAGCUUGUUGUCAUCAGUGUAUUGCUCAAUAUUUGAUUGGUAAUAAUAGCAAAAUGGAGGACGUUCUAGACGAAAGUAUUUCUGAAGAGGAUUUGAAGAAAUUCGAGCGACGUUAUCACGACAGUUUGACCCAGGGAACAGUAACUCAAGACAUCCAGUUCAAUUAUUCCUGGGCAUUGAUCAGGAGUAAAUAUCAGGCAGAUAUCAAGCGAGGGAUUUUUCUCUUGGAGGACUUGUCCAAAGGAGGAAAUGAUGAGGGCAGGAGAGACUACAUCUACUACCUAGCCAUUGCCAAUGCCAAAAUCAAGGAGUACAGCAAAGCUUUGGGUUACACCAAAGUUCUGCUCCAAGUAGAACCAAAUAAUCGGCAGGUCAGAACUCUAAAAAAUGUCAUUGAGAAACGAAUGGAAAGAGAGGGACUUAAAGGCAUUGCCAUCAUAGGUGGAGCAGCAUUGGCUUUGGGUAGUCUGAUUGGACUGGGGGUAGCUCUGGCAAGGAAGUGAUAGCGCUCAUUAAUGCCACGAUACACUUCUUAUUCUGUAAUCCCUUUUGUCAUGCAGAUUUAUGUUAUGUGCUGAACUGCUGUGUUGAAUCUGAAUGUUGAUAUUUUCACUAUCAUAAAAAUUUUCUUGUGGAAAACUAUAUUAUACUUUCAUUCCUUUCUUUUUGUUUUAUUUUCAUGAAAUUCUAGUGUAUCAGAAAUGAAAGGUAUAAUGAACAAUUACAGAUUUACAGU